GGGUCGUCAGCUGAGUUGUUUCCUUCCGCAGCUUACAGUACCACGUCAUGUUCAAGCAUAGAACAGUCGGUUUCAGCAGAUUAACAUCACAGCAAGAUAUGUACUGAGCAGUAACGUCUGCUGCAACUUGCUGCACCUCUCACUUCUGCAAGAUUCUGUUUCCAAGGAUUUCUCUUUUCGGGCUACGAACUGUACUGGAGCGCAACUCAAUGCAGAUAUCGACCCUCGUGCACCUGCAGAGGCAGGUAGAGUUGGAAUUACAGCGAACAUUCCCUUGUUUCAGUGGACCCGGAACCCAGGUGACACUUUCAAUGAUUGGUUUAUUUCUCGUUGGGUGCUGAUAGGGGGGAUGUCUGGCAUAGGCACUUGUCUACAUCUGACUUAGCUGAAUUAUUCAUUUUCGGCGUCAGUUCAGUCCCCGAUCUCCUUUUUCUGAAUAUCACAGCGCACGUAGUUCGAUAUUUUUUUCUGUGCAAAGAAGCAAAGCUCAGAUCGCGUGCUGACAAUCCAAUGAAUUGAGAAGAUCGGCGUGGUUAUCAGUAUCAGCAUUUCAGCGGUUAAUAAACGAUAUUCUGCAGGAUUUUAAGAAGAUGCUGCUGUUGGUUUUGCUGGCUUUUUCCAUACCUAGCUCGUCUCCCAACUCGGAUUCUGACCUCUCAGCGGAGACCUGCAGUGCUUGCUCUUGCAUGUCCAUAGAAAAUGUUCUAUAUGUGAACUGUGAGAAAAUCGCAGUAUACAGACCUACUCAGCUUAAACCACCAACUUCAACUUUAUAUCAUCUCAAUUUCCAGAAUAACUUAUUGCUCAUCCUUUACCCAAAUUCCUUUAUUAAUUUCACUCAUGCAGUGUCACUCCAGCUGGGGAACAACAAGCUGCAGAACAUUGAGGGAGGGGCUUUUCUUGGACUGAGUGCAUUAAAGCAAUUGCACCUAAACAACAAUGAAUUAAAGAUGCUCCAAGCAGACACAUUCCAGGGUAUAGAGAACUUGGAAUACCUCCAGGCUGACUACAAUUUAAUCAAGUUUAUUGAACGGGGCGCCUUCAAUAAGUUGCACAAGCUGAAAGUGCUCAUUCUUAAUGACAAUCUCAUUUCCAGCCUUCCAGACAACAUAUUUCGCUUUGCUUCUCUUACCCAUUUGGAUAUAAGGGGAAACAGGAUACAGAAGGUUCCUUAUAUCGGGGUUUUGGAACACAUUGGGAGGAUAGUGGAAUUGCAGCUAGCGGAUAAUCCUUGGAAUUGUACCUGUGAUUUGUUACCCCUCAAAGCUUGGUUGGAGAACAUGCCCUAUAAUAUUUAUAUAGGGGAUGCCAUCUGUGAAACACCCAGUGACUUGUAUGGGAGGCUGUUGAAAGAAACGAACAAACAAGAACUGUGCCCUAUGGGAACAGGGAGCGAUUUUGAUGUCCGGAUGCCUCCUUCCCAGAUUGAAAGUGGACAAACCACAUCCAAUGUUGCACCAACUGCAAUGCAACGCCUCAUUACCAAAGCGCCAAAAACCACCAAUCCUUCAAAAAUAUCAGGAAUUGUUGCCGGCAAGGCUCCUUUCAAUCAAAAUCUCAGUCAGAUUAUAUCUUAUGAGACCAGAAUCCCACCAAUAGCUCCCUGCCCACUCCCGUGCACAUGCAAAGCCCACCCCUCCGACUUUGGGAUUAGUGUAAGUUGCCAGGAGCGCAAUAUUGAAGAUCUUGGUGAGCUGGUGCCCAAACCUCCAAAUGCCAAGAAACUGCACCUCAGUGGCAAUUAUGUAAAAGAUAUCAGUCCUACUGACUUCCUUGGCUUUGAAGGUUUAGAUCUGCUGCACCUGGGGAGCAAUCAAAUAGUGACUGUUCAAAAAGGAGUGUUUGCGAAUUUAACCAAUCUGCGCAGACUGUAUAUGAAUGGCAAUCAGAUCGAGCAACUGUACCCUGAAAUGUUUCUUGGACUCACUAACCUCCAGUACUUGUACUUGGAAUACAAUGCCAUCAAGGAGGUUUUAACAGGGACCUUUGACUCCAUGCCAAAUCUACAGCUCUUGUAUCUGAACAACAAUGUAUUAAGGAGUCUCCCAUCUUAUAUCUUUGCUGGAGUUUCACUUGCCAGGCUGAACCUGAAGAACAAUCACUUCAUGUAUCUGCCAGUAAGUGGCGUUCUAGACCAGCUGCUCUCCCUCACGCAGAUAGAUUUAGAAGGAAACCCCUGGGAUUGCACAUGCGAUUUAGUGGCUUUAAAACUGUGGCUCGAGAAACUGAAUGAGGGAAUUACAGCCAAAGAAGUGAAGUGUGCGUCCCCAGUUCAGUUUGCUAACAUCGAGCUGAGGCUACUGAAAAACGAAAUCUUAUGCCCAAAACUUUUAAUGAAGCCAUCUUUCAUUCUAACUAGCCUCACUCCGACUAUUACAUCUACAUCACCAUCUGGGCUCAGUAAAGCUCCUCCCGGUGGGCCUGUGCCCUUGUCAAUAAUGAUUCUGAGCAUUUUAGUUGUGCUCAUUUUGACCGUGUUUGUUGCAUUCUGCCUUCUUGUUUUUGUCUUGAGGCGCAACAAAAAUCCCAAUGCAAGGCACGAAGGUUUAGGGAACCAGGAAUGUGGCUCCAUGCAGCUUCACAUCAGAAAGCAUGACCAGAAGUCCAAUAAGAUGGAUGACCUUGGAGGAGAGACCUUCAUACCACAAACCAUAGAGCACAUGAGCACAAGCCACACAUGCGGGUUACAUGAUUCAGAAUCAGGAUUCAAAUUUGCAGAUUCUCAGAGACAGAAAAUAAUUCUUCGGAAUUGUGCUGACAAGGACACAGACUCGUUGCAUGCAUUGGAUUCAAGGAAGAGGCUCAGUACUAUUGAUGAAUUGGAGGAAUUUCUACCAGGAAGGGAUUCCAAUCUGUUUAUUCAGAACUUUUUGGAAAAUAAAAAGGACUUUAACAGUAUAGGAGUCAGUGGUUUUGAGAUCCGCUACCCAGAAAAGACAAAUGACAAAAAGUUGAAAAAAUCUUUAAUAGGUGGCAACCACAGUAAAAUUGUGGUGGAGCAACGGAAAAGUGAAUAUUUUGAAUUGAAAGCAAAACUUCAAGGUUCUCCAGACUAUCUUCAAGUGCUCGAAGAACAGACAGCUUUGAACAAAAUGUAGGUCACCCAAUUCUUCAGCAAAUACUUAUUUAAUGACAAAAGUGCCUUUUGUUGACUUUAAACUUCCAGAAAGCUAGCGAUCAUUAGAAAACUAGACAGGUACUCCCAGGGGCAACUCAAAACACAGUCAUGUUAUUUGCUAAAAAUAAUUGGCUUUUUUACAAGUAAAAUCUUUUUUCUCAUAUGGGAUGUGAUUUUACACAUGAAACUUUUAAAAGGCAUUUUCAAGGGAACUUUGCUGCUAUUAAAGUCAGUACAAUAGUAUAUCUAUCUAUAUAUUUUAUAUAAAUAUAUAUGUAUAUGUGUGUGUGUCUGUGUGUGUGGGGGGGUUAUUAUACACACACACACACACACACACACACACACACACAUUUACAUUAAGUUGGGGGUCAUGUGGAUGAAAUAUUAGAUGAUUUGGUGAUACGAACACUGCAGACUGCGAAGUUACUUUAUUUGCCUGAAGCAAAGGAUGAUUUAUCUUUGAAGUCAUGUGGUGCGUCUUCUCCACUGAAUGUUUGAAUACAUCUAGUGAGGACUGGAGGACUUUCUCAUUUUCAAUGUGUUCAUUGAAAAUGAGGCUUGCCAGGGUGUUCAUUCAAUCUGAUGUAUAUGGAAGAACCUUGUUGAUAUGCGCUAGUGUUAACAGAAGGGUUCGCCUCGGUUUGGGCUGUCAAUAGCAGACUGAGUACCUUCAGUCUGAAAAGCGCAGAACUGCUUACCAUGUAAGCCUCAAUUGAUUUUGUAAGUCUACAUUAUUUGUAUUUGUGGAAGAAUUUGUAAAAAAACUAAAAACAAAAAACAAAAGCACCUCUAACGCAUCAAUGCCGGAAAUGACCAGUCAAGCGUAGUUCAGCGUCCUCUGGAUGCAGGUUAUCUCCAUAUUUUAUUGAUUUAUUUUUGUACACUUGGGAUUGUCAGAGGUUCCCUGCUUACUCUCGAACAAACAUAAAUGUUCCUACUGAAUAGUGGUGUGUGGGCAUUUUCACGAAUACGUUAAACAAGCUUGAUUAUUGAUCAAAUCUGUAACGAUUUGGUUUAUCCAUUUAUCCCAGUUGAAAUUGUGAAGUUUUUUUUAUCAAUAAUAUGCAACCAAAAUAAAUGUGCAUCGUUAUUUCAUGCUUUUCUGAAUUUCAUGAAUUAUGCUAAAAUGAUUUGAUGGUGUAUCAUAAAGAGUUCCAUUUUGGAAAGGUGUAGCUCCAUAUAGAGUCUAUAAAUAAUAAUUAAGAUGACACUAAAGAGAAUUGUAUCAGUCAACAUGUGCAAUGUUUACAUAUUCUUACAUCAUUAAAUUAUUUUUUUAUGAUUUAUGACAGCUGUGACAAUUUCUGCUUAUUGAAUAUUUAUAGAAUCAAUGAUGUUACUCAACCCCUUAAGAGUGUAUUAAACAGUGAAUACAUACUAUGUGAAAUACAAGUGCAAGUGUGCCUCAAAGGGUGCAAUAAAACACUUUUGAAAUAUUUGUUGAGUUGGUGGUUAGUUGCAGUUUUAUUAUUCUAUUAUUUUUCAACCUGUGGAUGUCGAAGGUAUGCAAUUAUUUAUUUAUUUAUUUAUUGCAGCAAAUGUGGCUAAAAUCACUUUCCCUUUAAUGUGGUAUUGUUUCACUUUGGUUUAUGAUGUUUUUUUUUUUCCUUACAGUAUUUUGUAUUUGCACUUUAAGAAAAUAUCUGAUUUUCAGGUAAAGUCACAUCCCUAUGUUCUGCUAGUUAUUAGCAGCAGUACUCCUUUGUUAGAAAAAGCCAUCCCAGUAUUUCACAGUGACUAUCAAUUCGUUAUGUGUUGCUCUAUAAGCAGUUUUGUGGUGCAGAUUCCUUGCUGUUAUAAACUUUAAUGUGUAUGUUCUGCUACUUGGUAAUGCAUAUAAUGAGCACAGGGGGGUUUCUUUUUUUCUUUUUGUUGCAUCCAAAGAAACUGAAACUAUGUAAAGCAAGAAUGUAUUUAUAAAACCUAAACUCUAUUUUGGCAUAAACUAAGUCAAUAAAUCAUAUUGUUUCUACAUUGCAGUAAGCAGCCAUGUUGUUUUAACAUUUCAGUUUGCAUUCAGAAGGGAGAAUGAUCAGGCUUUACUUUAUACAUGUCUUAUCCCUCCCAUUAUUUUACGAGCUGAAUGCAGGACAGUAACUUGGCCAGUCAAACAACAGGGAUGGUCAGCGCCACUUCCAAAAUCUGUACCCCUAUAUCUUCACUAAUGUGGUACUAAGGGUUUACUCGAAACAACCUCUACCCCGCAAGGCAAAGGCACAGAUUGAU